ACUGAAAACACUGAAGAUUGAAGAAGAAAAAAUGGGUGGUUUUGCUGCUGUUAAUGAUGAUAUUCUUCAAAAUAUACUCUUCAGGUUGCCAGCUUCAUCGUUCGCUUCAGCUGCCUGCGUUAGCAAAUCCUGGAACAAAGUUUGCGACAGAGUUUUGACUUGUCCCAAGCUUGCCUCUGCACUGUCUCUCAACCCUUCUCUCCCUGAUGCUGUGAAAGAGGCUCUUGACAAGGUUCUCUCCAAGCCAAUUCGUCCUCAGUUUGCCAUUGCCUCCAUCGGGUUACAGUUCAGCUUGGAAGCUGCUCAUCAAAUUAUCACCGAAAGACUGGGCUCCAAAGUACCAGUAGUUACCAAUGCUGCAUGUGGAAUCAUUGGUAGAGAUGCUAUCACCAACACAAUGAGAGAGGUUCGAUGGCACAUGAUACCUGCAGAGGAUGGUUCAGUUUCUCAAGAAUCCGAAGAAUUUAACCGAGGCAUUGUCUUGAUUGUUGGAUAUCUACCUGGACUGAAGGUUGAUGCCAUCCCUUUAUUAAGACCAAAGAUGGAGCAUCGGGUUACCAUGGUCGAUAGAUUUAUGAUGGAUAUAAGGAAUUACACAGUUUCUGUUUCUGGCAGUGUUAUUCCAGCUGGGGUGAUAAUGUUUGGAGAUCAACACAUUGACUUGACUCCUGUUCUUGCAGAGCUUGACUGUGUUAUGCCUGAAGAAACAGUGAUUGUAGGGGAAGCAAGUAGCCGCUUCGUAUGCAAAACUGCUCGUAAUUCUGAAGAAUACAAUCCUGAUCUAUACUUUUUUGAUGCUCUAGCUUUGGUAUUUGCAAAGGAUAAAAAUAAGCCUCCUGGCAUUGGAGAGACUCGAUUCCAUGCGACAUUGUCAACCGGUGUAAUGCCCUUCGGCCCUGAGCUCAAGGCAAUAUCUGUAACAGCUAAAGGCACAGAAUGUUCAUGGCUCACAGCCAGCAUGAAUGGGUACCAUCAAAUAUUAGAUAGCCAGAGGCUUUUGGAUGAUAUCAGUGAAGAGAUGGAUGAUGAGGCCGCUGAUUUAUACAUUGGGGUCAUACAGAAAAGACCAUCGUCCCUUGAGCACGAGAAAAUGAAGCUACGAACAUACUUGGCCUUCUAUGAAGUUUUAGGAGGGGAUGAAGAAUAUUUAGUGGUGGAUGGUGUUGGCAUAAAACCUGGAGACACAUUCUUAUUCUACCAUUCGGACUCGGCCACUGCAUCAUCAUCUUGCCUUAAUGCCUUUGAAAAACUGAAAGUUCUGAAACCAGCAGCUUCAAGUUCCCGAAAUCCCUACUCCAACAUGGACAGCAAUGGCGGAGUGUUCGGGGGGUUGCUUUUUUCAUCCCAUUACCGUGGAGAAACAUACUUUGACAGCUUCCCAAUCUACAGCAAUUUCCCUGGUACACCAUUAGCGGGCAUUGUUUGUAAUAGAGAGAUCGGACGUGACUCCACAGCGGCUUCAAUGUGGCAAGAAGCUAAAGAAGAAAGCCCAGCUCGUUGUUCCCUCCAUGUUUGCACCACUGUCUAUUUGGUGUUCGUAUAUGUUCCGCCAGCUCGAAAUCUUUAUAUCAAUUAAGACCGUUUCUCGCUUUUAUGGCAUGUUGCAUGUCUGUGUGCAACUUAUUCGACCCUUUUUCUGCCUAAAUAUUUAGACUUUAAUAGAGUGUUUCUUUAAUUUGUAAUAAAAGAAAGUACUUGCUGUUUUAGACCCUAAA